UCCAAGAGUACAAAUAGUUCCAUUUUUCUUUUUUCCACUCAUCUACUACUGAAGGAUCCCAUAAUUAUCAUCCCGCGUAAUUUCCUUUUGAAAGCUUUGAUUCCCAGAUUUUCAAUCCGUGUAUGGUGUUAGGAGAAGCACCCAAAAAAAAAUGGUUGGAAAACGAAAAGGCAAGAUUAUCAAGAGAAGAGUUAAAUUCAAAGAAAAAUGGAGAACCAAGAAAGAUGAAGGGGUUAGUCCACUUGUAAAGAAGUAUUGGGUCCAAAGAUAUGAUCUUUUUUUGAGAUAUGACCAAGGCAUUAAGAUGGAUGAAGAAGGUUGGUUUUCCGUUACACCGGAGAAGAUUGCCCUCAGGCAUGCCAGCCGCUGUGGCGGUGGUGUCGUCAUUGAUGGUUUUACUGGAGUUGGUGGCAAUGCUAUUCAGUUUGCCACUAUGUGUCAUCACGUCAUUGCUAUUGAUAUUGAUCCUAAAAAGAUCGCACUGGCUUUUGAAAAUGCAAAGAUAUAUGGUGUUGAAGAUCAUAUCGAAUUCAUUGUUGGAGACUUUUUCCAAUUGGCCUCGUCCUUGAAGGGGAACGUAGUAUUUCUUUCACCACCAUGGGGAGGUCCGGCAUAUAGCACAAAGGAAUCUUUUACUCUUGACUUGCUGAAGCCAAAAAAUGGUUAUUCAUUAUUCCAAGUUGCUCAAAGCGUAGCUCCAAAUAUCAUUAUGUACUUGCCUCGUAAUGUUGACUUACUGCAAGUUGAAGAGCUCGCUUGGUUGUCUUCUCCCCCCUUGAAAGUCGAGAUGGAAGAGAAUAUGCUUCAUGGAAGGUUGAAGAGCAUAACUGCUUAUUUUGGUAAGUACAAGAAAAUAGUAAAACGAAAAAUGAACUACAAGAAAUUAGGAGGAUACAAGAAAAUGAGAGGAUUUAUGUGCCAUCCUCAAUUCUCAACUGCAGUGUGUUUGAGUUGUGAUUCAAGGUCAGUUAUCGUGCCUGCGCCGCCACCGCGACAUAGAAUGUCGAUGGAAGAACAUACAAAAUUGAUUAACAAGGGUACGAGGUUAGGUGAUGUACCUCGUACACUUGGUUCAAUGCCUAUAAGUAAGAGAUCAAGAAAUGUUGUUGCUGCUGCUGCUGGUUCCUCUGUUUUGGCAAUGUCUAAGAGAGAUCAAGAAAAUGGUUGCAAAAUUGUUCCUUCAAUACCCUAUUCAGAUAACUCCUUCCAGGUUGUUGUGAUGAGAGUGUCACUUCAUUGUCAAGGCUGUGCUGGUAAAGUGAAGAAACAUCUCUCCAAGAUGGAAGGGGUGACAUCUUUCAGCAUAGACUUGGAUAGCAAAAGAGUAACAGUGAUGGGACACUUGUCACCAGUUAGUGUGUUGGAAAGCAUAUCAAAAGUGAAAAGAGCUGAAUUUUGGCCUAUAAAUAGUUGUUGAAGAAGAGAAAUGGCCAUUACCAAAAAAUAUUGUGUUUUUGAUUUACAUGAACAAGAAAGAGUGAAAGAGAGACUUAUUACAGAAAAGUUGUUUUUUGGCAUUUGGUUUCUAUUUAGGUAGAGUUCUGUUUUAAAUCCUAUGGUUUUAUCAUCAUUCACCCAAAAGGUCUGUUGUGCAAAAAUUGUUGAACUCUCAUCAUGUGAACAAUGCCAGUACUGAUGCUGAUUUCUUUGUCCCAUUCAAA